UAAGGUAGGGGGCAUGCGCGGCGUCCGGGGGUGCAGGCGGCCGCCAGGGGGUUAGUCGCUUGCCAACAACACGACGCGACGCGUCGCUUGCGCAUCGCGAUCGCUCGACCAGUUUUGCCGCGUAUCACGCUCCGUACGUACGUACGUACGUACGUACGUACGCUCUCUCUUCGUCCUUUCUCUCUGCCUCUUUUCCUCGUGUAUUCCUCCCUUUCCACGCGCAUACAUCGACGCGUCGAGGGAGAGAAAGAGAGGGAGAGCGAGAGAUAGUGAACGAGCGCGCGCCAGUGUGUGUGCGCCAGUGUGUGUGCGCGCGUGUGUGUGUGCAUUCCUCUCUACACCGCGGCGGGAUUCAUCUUUCUUUUCCCUUUUUUACCGCGUUUUCCAAAGUUUCGCCUCACAGUGCGCGAACAUUAUUAAUGGGAAAGUCCCCGUUUACGUAAUAGGCAGGAUUGUACAAGCCAAGGGUUGUGCACACGGCUAUUCCCCUGGAUAUUCACACUUUUGUGACAGUUACAUGUACGGAAAGUGAUCCCCGUGAAGGUUUAUGAACCGGGUAUUAUGCGUGAAGAUGAGAACGGUGGUGGAUAGGACUUUGGAGUGGGACGUGGAUCGAGAACUCGGAAGGGAAUCGAGAAUUCUCUCUUGGUGAACUUGGUGACGAGGUGAACAGGUGUCGAACAGGGAGGAUCGAAGUGAUCGGGAGGAAUCGAAAGUGCGUGGAGAAAGUGGACCGAGGGUGAGGAUUUUCUGGUUUUCGUUUUUUUUUUCUUUUUUUUCUUUUGUUCUCCUUUCGCGUGUCUCUCUGUCGUGAUACGCCCGUCGUGAUAUUCCGCGUCGUCUCCAUCUGUGCACGGCGAGGAAAUACUGGUGAUAUAUACGCGAGUGGCCGAAAAUUUGCCAUUCAGAGUACUGCAACGUGUUACCGUCAUUGCGGUGAACGACGCGAAAAAGUGCGCGUAACUUCGAUCUGUGCAAGAAACUGUUAUCCACUGCUUCUCUUUUUUUUUGGGGGGGAGAGAUCUUACGCGUUUAUCCGACGAGCAACAAGGGGGAAGCGAAGUACAAGCACGAUGAACGUCUGAAGUAACGAUGUUGCAAGAUUAAUUGUCAUCAUGCGAGCGCUUCCGAUCCUGCUGAGCAUUCUUUUGGAAAUACAAUUCUACGUCACUGGGAGCCAGGCGGAGCAUCAACAAUCGUCGAGCGCCAACAACGAAGUGGCGAAGAGCUCCGCCGGAGAGGAUAAAGGCGAAGAUGUCAUCGAAGGCCCCAUCAGGGAAGUUCUUGCACAAAGCGGAAGCACCGCGAAUUUGCCGUGCAAAAUUACCGAGCCAGGCGCUGGAACCGUAAAUGUCAUCACAUGGAUGAAACGAAAGAACAGGCGGUUGUUAACGGUGGGCAAGAGCACCCACUCGGUCGACAAACGAUUUGUCGUGAUUCACUCGAGCACCGAUUGGUUGCUGCAAAUACGAGUGGUUACCGUUCAGGAUGAGGGUAUAUACGAGUGUCAGAUUACGUCGCAUCCGGUGCAACGGAAUUUCGUGCGGUUGAAGAUCACGGAAGCGUACUCGAUCAUACCAGGCGCCCCCGAUUUACACGUGAAGCAAGGCUCGAGCCUUCGAUUGGAGUGUCAACUGAAGGCCGCUGCGGAAUCGCCCCUCUACGUCUUCUGGUAUCGCCAAGGGCACAUGAUCAACUACGACGAGGAGCCAGGCGUGAAAGUCGAGCUGACCAAGAACGGAUCGAUCCUGAUGGUCAACAAAACGAAACCCUCGCAUGGCGGCAAUUACACUUGCGCGCCGAGCAACGCCAAGCCUGCAUACGUGAUGGUUCACGUGAUCGAAGAGGAGGAGAAACCGGCGGCGAUGCACGGAGGAGACAGGAGGAAUCUUGGCCCGGCAAUUUUGGCGAGCAACUUUCUGGUGUCCCUCCUGGCGGCCGUCAGCUGGAGGAUACCGAGUUUCACCAGCCUUUACCCGACAUGAAUCGCCCUCCAACUUACGGGGAGGCGACCGGUGUGUUAGUCGCGCCGCCCCGCACCACCGCAAACCCGGUCCAUCUUCUUCCGCGAGGAUGAGUCGAACGAUCGGUCGGCCAUUCGGGACUCGUCUUUUCACCUCUAACUGCCACGAUCGAUCCCGCGAGGACGAUAUCCCUUCUUUCGAAUAGAACUGCCGCCGUUGGAACGUGUCGUCAUCGUCGCCAUCGUCGUCGUCGUCGUCGCGUGUAUUAGUCCGCGUAUGAACGCACGACGGAACGAAGCGAGGAUCCGGUGUGGCCGCCACUUUCGGCGGGGACCCUCUUACGCGUACACCCGCCCGAUUCUUUUCAACCAUUGUGUCCGGGGAGAAAGAGACUCGCGUCCUCCCUAUUCUCGAGGGGGGAACGCGACGUUCGAUCGCGAGGGAAGGAUUUUUACCCAGCCAGAGGUAUCCUUUUGUUUCAUUCCCUUCUGCCUUUUAUUCCACCCUUUUAUCUCCUCCUAUUUUCUCUCUCUCCUCCUGUUCCUGUCCUCCUGUGUUUCCUUUAUUAUCUCGCGAUUUCUUUGUCCCAGAAGCAGAAAUAGCCGAGCACGGUCGGAAUAAUUUUCUCUCUGGUUUCUGUGGAAUUGAUCUAGAAGUAUGCGGUAAGAUACGUUUCGCUUUAACUCACUCAUUCUCGCUGUCUCUCUCUCUCUCUUUCUCUUUCUCUCGGAAAUAGAAUGACGCGCGACGCGGAGCUCAUACGAACGACGCGAGUUUCCUCCUCCUUCUUUCUGUCCUCUUUUUGUCCUUUUCUUUGUAAAAAAGGAAGAGAGGAUAGGGGAACCUGUCGAUUCGAGGAUCAUCUUCUACUCGUUUAGUAGUCUCUGUCGUCGUUGUACGCGAUGAGUGAAGCGUUUCUCCUUCGUACAUACGCGCGUUGUACGUAUGCUAUGAAUGUACACUUACAUAUACACAUACACGUAACUUUACACGAGAGGAAUGGCGUAUUACGUACAAUACAUAUACAUACAUACAUACAUACAUACACAUACACAGGUAGCGUAUAAGUAACACUCUCUGGACUCGAGAUGAACGAGCACACGUUACGUUCUGUGACGUGAAAGUGGUUCUUCCUUCGAUCCUCUGUCGAAUCUCCGAUAUCGAGUGUUGGAGAUUUUUUUUUUCUUUUUUUUUUUUUUUUUGAAAUAAAAUCGCGAAAGCUCUCUUCGUGAUUUUUCGUGAAGUGAUCGUGAAGUGAAUCGAUUUUGCCGAAUAUAUACUCGUUGUCGGAGAUUCGUGACAGAUAUUCGCGCGAUUCGCACGUUUAUCGCGUCCAUUGAAGUGAACGGAAUCAAUGUAAAUAUUACAUCCUUAAUUAUACAUUCAAUAAAACAUUAAUCGUAAAAAA